GUUGGUGAUGCUCAUAGUACACAUAUUAUUCACACCUAUUUCCACACAAGCCCACGCAAAAGCAACGUGUUUUCAGUUGCAGAUGCUCACACUGAAACGAUAUGUUGUGUUCUUAGUUUUACGGUGAAAAGUGAAAAUAUUUGCGUGGUCCGUGUGGAAUUAGAUUUAAGAGCAUCCAAAAAUCACAGGAGUAAACAAUUAAUUUAACUUGACCGGCCACACAUUAAACAGACUACAUAAUUACACAAACUGUUGAUUAAUUAAACAUAUGGAAUCUGAAUUGUCGCCAGAUAAACAGAAAAGUGUUCCACCGGUGCCAUUAAAAACAUAUCAAUGGGAAGAUUUGAGACGAGCUCGUGAGGCGGGGGGAUAUCCUUGGACGCAUCUUUUGAAGAUACCAUUGGAAGGUGAGAUUACUGCUGAAGAUAUCAUCCGUGAGACUACGCCCAGAAGAAGCAUGUCGCGGGAAUUCUCAAAGUCACGAACACAUUCACCUGUUGAUAGAGAUGUGCAGAAGAUUUUGAACCUAGAUUCUUCACCAGGAAGCAGCCGGAAACAUGGUGAUGAAGGAGAAGACGAAGGUGUUCAUAUACCAAAUUUUUCUAAAGAAGUAUCUCUUGAUUCCGAAGAUGAUGUGAUAAAUCAAGCUGUUCAAGCAUACAUGGUUAAACGUCCUGAAAGUCAAACUAGUUCACAUUUAGCAGCACCUAUAGAGAUACCAACAAAAAGUAUUUUGAAACGUCGCGUGCCAGAGCAACAGUAUAUCGGGAUUUCAGAAACAAGAGAAAAAACCAAAUGUUGUCAUCCACUUGUAAAUAAGAUUAAACACCUCGCUGAUAAAACUCUUCAUAAACUAGAAAGGUCCGAACCUGAAAAAUCUCCGAUUCCUAAACGAAAGAGGAAUGAAGAGACACCGGAAAUCAGACAGUUAAAAUCAUCUCCCGGUGCUCUUAGGAGACAAAAGUUUAGUGCAAUAAAAUUAGGAGACUCUGAUGAAAUGAGCAAAACCAUGAGUAUAGAUACACCACCACCUAGAAAAAAGAAAGAUCACAUUUAUGAAGAUAUAGAAGAAUCUAAAGUCCAAGAUGUUGAAAAAUCACUGACAUUUUCUCCUGACAUUCAAAACAAAGAAACAGAAGAAGAAAACAGAAGUAACAGCAAUAAAGAAAGUGAAAGUAUUUCAGAAAAGAAAUCCAUUACUUCCCAUGAUCCAAGUUUAGUAGCUGAAAAUACUUCAUUAAAAUCUGAAGAUCAUAUUAUGGAAAAGCUACAUAAACCAAUAAAUAUAAACAAUGAAGCUUUAUUUUUAGAUGAAGAGAUGGAUUCAGAGGAACCUAAUGUAGAUGAAAUAUUCCAAAAUCAGUUGGAUGAGGCUAGACCAAAAAAUGAUUCACCAAAUAUAACUAUUACGGAAAUUAUAGAUGAAGACAUUGAAGUAACUAUCGAACAAACUACAACUAUACCGAUUGAAACAUCACCUAGUCCAAGCCCACGAGAGUAUAGACAGUCAAAAGAUGCCGAACCUUUCGACAGAGAAUGGUCCAAACCUAGCAGUGAUCACGAAUAUGAAAUCAUCGAAAAGCCGACACCGAACCUUGUUUAUACUGCUCCAAGUAUAGACGAAAAGCCAAAGAUGAAUAAAACAGAUGAUGAGUUGUCGAGUACGACAUCUUUGGAACGUAAAUAUUUACAACAUACAUCAGAUGAAGACGAACCAAUAGAAGAUAAAGAGAACAUUAUUCACAAUGAAACUGACGAUGGUAUAAUAAACGCCGAAACAUUACAAAAGAACAUAGAAGAUAGAUAUUUUGUUAAUACGCCUUCAACUGUAUCAAGAACUGAAUGCGAAGUUAGUACUAGCCAAGUUGAUUCGUCUGCAUUAGAAAAUUUGCCACUAAAACGUGACAGCCGAUCGAAAAAUGCAGAAAGUAUCGAUAGUAAGAUUCAACAACGCAUAAAAGAGGGUACAGGGAAAUUAAAAUCUCAAGCUGGCAAACUAAAAAGCAAACUACAAAGUAUAAAAACAAGACAAUUUAGCAUGCCUGAGAGACCUAAAAUACAUUUUCCUGAUCGCCCUAAGUUUAAAAUGCCCGAACGUCCUAAAAUUUCCUUACCUGAAAGACCUAAGUUUAAUUUGCCUGAUAGAAGAAAAUUUAGCUUACCAGAUCGACCUAAGUUCAAGAAAAUUAACAUAUCUGAAAAAUUAAGCCUUGGCGACAGAAAAAAGUUUACUUUGCCAGAAAGGCCCAAGUUUAACGUUCCUGAACUUCCGAAAUUUAAAAUGCCAGAGAGACCAAAAAUCAAUUUCCCUAGCUUAGGUCGAAAAAGAGAUAAAUUUGAGUCUAUGGAAGUGAACGAAGAACCACAAACAAUUGCAACCGUUGACUUUGAAGCAAAAACAUACCCUAGACUAUUUAAUAGGAAAAAGAAAUCUGAACUCCAAAAAACUUCGUCAUCACCAACAUUAGAAAGAGAUGAUACGCCCCCACCGAUAUUCACAUUUACUCGUGUAAAGAAAACUAAAGAAGAGCCUCAAUCAUAUAAUGCAGAGAGUCCAGAAGAGCCUCGAGAAUACGGCAAUAUCAGCCACAACGAAUUCGAGUCCAGAUCCGACGACACCAAACAAUUCGAUAUUCCAUACAACUUUGAUAGGGACAAUUCUAAAUAUUUAGAUGACGAACCAAUUCCAUCUGAAAGUAACGAUAAUAUAAAUUCAUCCAUACCAAACAUUUCACCGUCUAACCAAGAAUACAGUCAUGUAAUUAACGAAAUCGAUAACGACGAAUUUUUUGUUCGACCGAGAGGAAUUUCUCGCGAAAAUAUUCAAGUUAGAGAAUAUUUGAGUGACGAAAUACGACAAGCUUUCAAAAUCCCUAAAAAUGUGCUCGCCACUAUGGGGGACGGUUCAGUUUACAACCAAGACAAUAUGUAUGCGAACGAGCCAGAAGCUGACCCGGAGCUUAUGAUUGACGAGAAUGAGACAAUAAGGUAUUCAAAUGAAGAUUUGAAUGAUAAAGAUGAUGGUUACUACACAUUCCCGCCAGUUCGGCCAUCCCGGGCUAAGCGAAAGAAAAAAGAAGCGGAACAGGAAUCUCUUAAAUAUAUAGAUGACAGUGUAAAUGCAAGCAUGCAGUUUAGCGAAGUGGAUUUAGGAUUGUCAGAAUAUCCGCCUGACGGAGUACACGGGAAUUUAGAUGAGACUGGAGUGAAUAGUCAGCUGGAUUUCUCUCCAUCGACUGAUUUACACUCGAUUCAUGAGUAUGCGAACGAUGACGUAAUCGAGUAUCCUGAAAAUAUACCAAUCCAGUCUCAGACUCUGCCGAUGCCCCCGAAGAGAAAGAAAAAGCUUGGUAAAAAAGACUUUAGGCAUUCAUCGCUGAAUGAUUUUAAGGCUCCGUCUGCUGGUCUAUGGGAGGAGACUUGCGAGCAACCAGAAGACAUAAUCGUUUACCGGACCGAACACGAAUACACUGUGCCACAGGACAUCGCUAACACCGUGAGCGAACAAAGCCCAGUGGCUCCUCGGCGAAACAGAUCAAGAAGUUCCAGAGGUACUUCUCUUUGUGACGACGAUCGCACCUCACAUGGAGCUGAAUCAUUAACACUUGAUACCCAUGUGGCACCCGCGGAAGAUAUCGAAGCCGAUCGCGAAAUCAAGCGGGAAAGUCCUGGAUAUGCCACCGUGGAUAAAGGCCAGUAUGCACCAAGCAAAGCCGUUAGGAGAUCAAAAAGCAAAACCCCACCAGCUCGACGUAGGAAAAGUCAUAGCUCUGAACGUAAAUAUUACACAGUGGGCUCUACUAAAUCGACCGUGCCAGACCGUCCUCCAAGAAAAAAGUCUUCAACGAGCCUCAUGACACUAGACAGCUUUACAAAACGAUCUGUUAGUGGCGACCUAACGCAGUAUGUUGAAAUAGAUGAACCGCCGUUUGAAGAGAUACACAAAAAACUAGAAUCCGGGGAUGUAGUGAGCAAAAUGAAAGAUAGACCACUGCCCCCUCCGCCAAGACCACCAAGAGGACCAAAAAGGAAAAAAAGAAACACUCAAGAUCAUUUGGAUAACCUUGGAGUUAAAGCUAAUAAAGAAUUUUCAUCUAAAAAUGCUGAUGAUGAAGAGAUAAAAACCGAAGAGGUCGUUGAAAUUGAAGUGUCUACGCAGACUGAUCCUCUUCCCGAUGAUGUCGACUUUGAACUGGGUAUUGAGGAGAAUCUCGAUAUAUCAAUGUCUAGCUCACUCAGAGACAUUGUCGAUGAAGAAUCAAUGUUAGGAAGAAGUCAAAGUAGACCCAUCGAAAGUCCUCGUAUAUCCAGACCUACAUCCCGAUCUGAAAAGUCAUUGAAGCUUUCCGAUCCUAAAAUAUCAGAGCUAUCUAAACCCAACAUAGGGCGUACCUCUCCAACAGUUAUUUUAGUGGAAAGACGUGUUUCCAGCCCCACACGCAUAAACGAACGCGAAGAAAUGCUAACAGAAGCUUCUUUGACUGUCCAACAUAUAGAUAUCGAUGAAUCACAAAUCCCCGAUGUUCCACCCUUGCCCAAGUCACGAGGCAUGCCUCCAAUAACUCAAACACAACCAAAGUACGUAGCUCCGGUUGAAGAACGAGCUCUGGAAAGAAUAUCAGACGCUGGUAAUAGGGAAGUGCAACUGGACAACUUAAUUACCCAACGUCUACAAGUUAGAGAUUUAGAUGUCGCACGACUAAAUGUAACAGAACUACAAGCUAGUAAGAUUAUGGUGUCUGAUAUUGAAGGAAUGACUUUGCAAGUCGCCGAAUUAGACUCUAAGUCUGGACAUAUCUCUGUAAGUGGAAUAGAGUUCUCACAAUCUGUAAUAGAUGAGAUUGUCAAAAAGUUUGCAGAAAUAUCAACAAAUCAAGGUCCUUCGCAGUCAAUACAUGAAUGUUCCGAACAUGCGAAAACGAUUAUAAAGGAAGAACAAACGCAAACAGAUGAAUUACCAAUUGAAAAUGCAGAAGCAGGUGUAAAAUCUCAAACUAAGAAACCUAUACCUUCGGAAGUAGAACAAGCGGUAGAUGAAGAAAUGAAACAAUCGUUUGAAGAGCAUGCUCCGCCACCUCCCCCGCGCCCUUCUACCACGGAAGAGGCAACUGCUCCGCAACGUCCACCACCUCCUGAUCUGACGCCUUUGUUGUAUUCUUAUCUCCAAGAUAUAACUAUGCCCCCAUCGUCUUACUUUUCUCCGAGGGCGUUUAGAGAGUUCCAUGAGUCACAACACCAAACUCCUCCUCCGCCAACGAGACGGACCAAAAGGAAACCAGCAGCACAAUACUCCGGGUCUAGCUCUGAUGAGGAUAGACCUCGUCCCUCUCCGCGCCGAAUGCCUCCUCCAAUCAGAACACACGAGCCCACCAUAACCGAAGCUGGUGCUCAAUUUCUAAGAGUCUGUCAAAAUUCUAUUUCUAGAACUAUAAGGCACAUAUUUAAUUCGUUCAUGUCUUAUAUCAGUGGUAAUGAAGACAAGAAAGACGUCCAGAUGGCGUUGGUUAUAUUUCUUGUGUUGAUUGCUGGAUUGAUAAUGUUUGGUCUUAGCGACAGCAGGGCGAUUCACCAUCAUCACUGGGAGUUCUUCAACCCUCCAGAUGGGAAGCAAUGAAGGAAUUCAUGAAUAUAAUAUGUUAUCUAGUUUCGUUUAAGCUAAGUGUAGAAUAUUUAUAAUUAUAUCCUAAGAUAUUGCAACUAUGUCAAAAGUAGUUUAAAAAAAUUGCAGAAAUUUUAUAUUUUUUCUGCUGGGUAAAGAGAUUACAGAAGCACAAUCAAUCCACUCCUAAUUUUUCUUUACCACUAUUACUGCAGCGGUUAUUAAAUAGGUCCGCGUAGGGUAUAGUCUCACUUGCAAUUGGCUCUAAGUACAUAAUUUUAUUACAUACAUACAUAUAAACAAAGCGAAAGUGUUGGAUCUAGGCAUUUUUUCCAAUUAGACUUUCCAAUACAGUUUUUAGAUAAUAAAAUGUGUUAUUGUUAUUAUUAAUAUAAUUUUAGAUUCGUAUAUAUAUUUUUUUAUAAUCAGUGUAAAAACCCAUAGUUGGUGAGGAGGAAAGAUUGGUUUCAAACAAAAUUACAUUUGACCAUAAUUAAAGAAACUGAGAACGAAGGGUAAAAUUGAAAUUGAAAAUUGAAUAUUUUCGAAGAACGCAACUUUUUGAUUACGAUGAUAAUGUGAUAUACCUUCAAUAAAAUAUUUUAAUCCCUGCGCUAACUUAUUCAAUGAAAACUUUCUCUUCGCCGACUUUUUGGUUUUCAAAAACUAUUUUUCCUAACUGCAUCCAUUAAUUUACUGAUUUAUUUUAAAGGACUCUUCGUGCUGUAAUAUUAAGAUGGUCGUUUUAAUCUCUACGUUUACAUGUCACAAUUUUAAAUUCGAUAAUUUUAAAUAUAACUUUAGAAAAUGUCUACCUAUCUAUAUAUAGCAGAAAAAAUCUUUAUAAAUGAAAAUGAUGGUGCCACUAUACAGCUUUUAUGCCAGCUUUACACUAUCGGCAAACGGAUACUCUCAUAACUCUCAUGAGAACAACAAUAUGUAUGCAAUGGCGUCGACAACUGAUUCGCCGAUUGUAUGUUGCCGGCAUAAUGUAUUUUUGACUAAUGGUAAACGUUUGCUCAAGAUUGGACGUUCUUCUGAAAAUUAACAGAUUAAAUUUACUUCAAUUUAAAAUCGUAAAAGGAAAACAACGGUUCAUUUACGUUUUUCCGAAUAUUCGGACUAGUAUUUAUUGUCAAAUUGUUAUAUUAAUCUGUCGUUGAGUUAUAUUUUGUCUGCGAAAUUAAAAAGUGUUACCUAAUUGUAAAUUAUUUAUUGAAACUAACAUCACUGGUGAUGUAAACGUAGUUUCGGCUGGUGUUAUGCAUUUUGUAAAUCUUUUGUUGUGUAAUUGUAAUUAAAAAUAAAAUUUGUUAAAUCUU